AUGUCUUGGUUGAAUAGGGGUCAACAAGUACUUGUAGAUGAGCAAUCAUGGGUAGAUUUCCAAAUUGGAGGAUAUAGGGAUAGAAUUUUAUGUGAUGUGAUCCCAAUGGAUGCUUGUCACUUGCUCCUAGGGCGUCCAUGGCGAUAUGAUCUCAAUGCUAAACAUGAUGGGAAAAAGAAUACCUAUACCAUAACAAAGAAUGGUGAAUCUUUCACCUUGAACCCUUUGCUGGAUGAUGGUGUAGGCAGACAAGUGGGUGCUAGUGUUAUGAUAGUGAGGGAAAAGGAGUUCUUGGAGACCUUGACGGAAGGGGAUGGUCAAGGGUUUUCCUUGUUUUUGAAGCCAAAAGAUGAAUUAGAUCUGCUAGCAAGCAAAGAGAAGGACACUCCUAAAGAGGUGUUGAGUUUGUUGGAGAAGUACAAAGGCAUAGUGGUUGAGGAGAUGUCUAACACCUUACUCCCAAUUAGAGACAUAAGCCAUCACAUAUACCUUAUACCUUGUGCUACAUUACCUAACAAAGCAAUGUAUAAGAUGACACCCUCUCAAAAUGAGGAGAUUGCAAGGAAGGUCAAAACAGGAGCACAUGAAGCAUUUGUAUAUGGUGUUAAGGAGGUUGCAUGA